GAUCAGUUUACAUCUCUGACUUUGGGUUCUGUUUGUUCUCAGACUCUCGGCUGUUGGAUAAAUCCAGUUUGACCAAUGGAAUCCUGAGCUGCUCUGUCAGACGUCCCUGCUCUGACAGCAGCCCUGUCUCGUCUCUGCUGAACCAGAACGACCAUCUGAAGAAAACGACAGGAGAGUUGGCCUUUCAGGUGCUGGAGCUGCAGCAGCAGAUAAAAAUCAAACUCCGUGUUCUGGACGAGCAGGAUUCCAGCCUGUUGGCGGAGAGGCGUCGGCUCGCAGGUGCGUUUGAUGUCCGUCAGGACCUGCAGGAGCGGGUGGUGCAGGUUCAGGAGGAGAACGGGGCGUUAAAGAUGGAGUACGACUCCCUGCUGGAGCGACAGAGGGGGGCAGAGACAAGACUCCGCGAGGAAAAGGUCAGAGAGGGAAACCUGGUGGAGGACAUGAUCCACCUGAAACGACAGGCCGCCGCCUGUAUGAACAACCGCAAUGAACGCAGGUCCAGAGCUCGUGAAGCGAACCUACAGAAGGAGCUGCAGAGCGCUGCCAGGUCAAAGGUCGCCAUCGACAGCUCAUUCAGCGCUCCGACGUCCAGGUCAACGUCCCCGAAAAACGAAAUCCAGGACGAGUCCACAGAGCGAAGACACACCAGGCUCUUCAGGUCGGCGUCGGCCACGUCCCCGAGGAUCCUCACCUCCUUUAGAGAACUGUUCAACAGGAAGAGGCGUGGUCACUCAGUCUGCAGUCUGGAGGAGGAUCUGAAGAGUCCUGUAGGAAUCUGUCUGUCAGCCAGAGUCCCUGCUAGAGCUCUGCAUGUUCUGGAGGCCCAUGAGCAAGGCAUCAACACUGUGAGGUUCAGCUCCAGCUCAGACCUGCUGGCCACUGGAGGAACUGACAGAGUCAUCAAACUGUGGGAGGUCAGAGCAGGCUCAUUGACCCACAGAGCGACUCUGGACGGCAGCACAGAGGGGAUCACCUGCGUCGAGUUUGACUCA